UGUUCACUAAACCCAGGGUCACGCCUCGUCAGGCAACGCUUUUCCUGAACGCUCUGGCGCCUGUACUUCCGUCACACUGGUGACGAGACGCGCAGGUCACCUGACACUCUCUCCAGGAUACGGAAACCCCACGAGUCCCUCGCGUAUCGAUAGGAACGGCUCGGCUGCACUGUCAACACUGUUGCGCUGUGUGUUGCUGAACAAACAGCAGCUGUCUUCGGCAGGUCGAAGUUGGGGGGUAGGGGGUCAAACAAACAUGCUGGCACCGCAGGCGGAUCGGGUCAUGGCACUCGGAGAAUGGGAGGAGCGCUGGCAGGAGGACCGGACAGGUUUCCAUCAGCCUCACGUGCACAGCAUGCUGGAGAACAACAUCGAUAAAGUUCUCUCUGGACGGACGGGAGUUCGCUUCUUCUUCCCUCUCUGUGGGAAAGCUGUAGAUAUGAAGUGGCUAGCAGACAAAGGCCAUUCAGUGGUUGGAGUGGAGAUAUCUGAGAAGGCCAUCAAACAGUUCUUUGAGGAGAACAACAUGACGUACAAGGAGGAGCCUGUCGCUUCCCUACCUGGAGCCAAGGUUUACAAGAGCUGCGAGAGGAAUAUCUCCCUGUAUCAAUGUGACCUGUUCAACUUCUCCAGUUCCAUUGAGGGUCAGUUCGGGGCAAUUUGGGACAGGGGAUCUCUAGUGGCCAUCAACCCAAGAGACAGAGAAAAGUAUGCUGCUCUCAUGAUUUCUCUCAUGGCCAAAGACUGCAGAUACCUUUUGGACACUUUGUUGUACAAUCCUGAAUUAUAUAAAGGUCCUCCCUUUUUAGUGCCGGACGAGCAAGUCGCCAGCCUGUUUGGGACCGGCUGUGAUGUGGACGCGCUGCAUUCGUACGAUGCCCUCACAGACAGACAGCGAGUCUGGAACCUGGACUACCUGACUGAAAAUGUACACCUCAUCACUCUCAAGAGCGUUUAGAAACCAACGUAUGCGUUUAGGGAGCUUAGAAAAGCAGAUUUUUGGGGCAUUGCUGAUCCCCUUCUUUCUUUUUUUUUGUGCUUAAACAUCUUUUUGAUACAGUUCCAUGUUGGGGAGGAAAUGAAGGCGCAUGGAAAUAAAAUGAUGAGAGAAUUACUAAAAACUU